CCCCCCUUUUUUUUUUCUUCUCUCUGCUCGUGGCUUGGUCUGAAGGAGGUGAAGUUAAAAUCAAAAUCUCCAGAGUCUUGUUUUAGUAACAGUGGCUCACGAAGCGUUGUAAAUCUGGAAAAAUGGGCAUAAAAUUUUUGGAGGUCAUAAAGCCUUUUUGUGCAGUCCUGCCUGAAAUACAGAAGCCGGAGAGAAAGAUUCAGUUUAGAGAGAAAGUACUAUGGACUGCUAUAACACUUUUUAUUUUCUUGGUAUGCUGUCAGAUCCCAUUAUUUGGAAUAAUGUCCUCAGACUCUGCAGAUCCUUUCUACUGGAUGAGAGUAAUCUUGGCAUCUAAUCGGGGCACCCUAAUGGAGUUGGGCAUCUCUCCAAUUGUGACCUCUGGAUUAAUUAUGCAGCUGUUAGCUGGAGCUAAAAUUAUUGAGGUUGGGGAUACACCAAAAGACAGAGCACUUUUUAAUGGAGCCCAGAAAUUAUUUGGAAUGAUUAUAACUAUUGGUCAAGCCAUUGUCUAUGUGAUGACAGGAAUGUAUGGAGAUCCAGCAGAAAUGGGCGCUGGUAUUUGUCUAUUAAUUAUUAUUCAGCUCUUUGUUGCUGGCCUGAUUGUUUUACUUUUGGAUGAGUUACUUCAAAAAGGCUAUGGUCUUGGAUCUGGAAUAUCAUUGUUUAUUGCUACCAACAUCUGUGAAACAAUUGUGUGGAAAGCCUUCAGUCCAACCACAAUCAACACUGGCAGAGGAACUGAAUUUGAGGGUGCAGUGAUUGCUCUCUUUCAUUUGCUGGCUACUAGGUCUGAUAAAGUUCGUGCUCUCCGUGAAGCUUUUUACCGUCAGAAUUUGCCUAAUCUCAUGAACCUUAUUGCUACAAUCUUUGUAUUUGCUGUUGUCAUUUAUUUUCAGGGAUUCCGUGUAGAUCUGCCAAUCAAAUCUGCCCGCUACCGUGGCCAGUACAGUAGCUAUCCUAUCAAGCUUUUUUAUACCUCAAACAUUCCCAUUAUUCUUCAGUCAGCAUUGGUUUCAAAUCUAUAUGUGAUUUCUCAGAUGCUUUCUGUUCGCUUCAGUGGAAACUUUCUUGUCAAUUUGCUUGGACAGUGGGCGGAUGUAAGUGGAGGUGGUCCAGCGCGAUCCUAUCCAGUUGGUGGCCUCUGUUACUAUCUGUCUCCGCCUGAAUCAAUUGGUGCAAUUUUUGAAGAUCCUAUACAUGUUAUUGUUUAUAUUAUUUUCAUGUUGGGUUCAUGUGCCUUCUUCUCCAAAACAUGGAUUGAUGUUUCUGGUUCAUCUGCAAAGGAUGUUGCUAAACAACUUAAGGAGCAGCAGAUGGUAAUGAGAGGGCACAGAGAAACAUCAAUGGUGCAUGAACUAAAUAGGUACAUUCCAACUGCAGCUGCUUUUGGAGGACUUUGUAUUGGAGCUCUCUCAGUCCUUGCUGACUUCCUGGGUGCCAUUGGAUCUGGAACAGGAAUUUUACUUGCUGUUACUAUUAUAUAUCAGUAUUUUGAAAUUUUUGUCAAAGAACAGGCAGAAGUUGGAGGGAUGGGGGCAUUGUUUUUUUGAAGUGCCCACUUUUUAGCAUUUGCAUACUAUGUGCAAAAGAGAAAAUUUUGAUUUUUGCAUAUCAGGUUUGUUUAAAGAUAACUGUAUAUUUGCUUAUCCAUGCUGAAAAUGCAAAAUGUCCUUUUUGGUUAAUAAAAGGUUAUCAUGCUCUGCCUGUGUGCAGCAGUUAGUGCCAGCAGCCUUAAAAUGUUUACACGAUAUUCGUUCUGUAAGUGUUGCCUGUAUUGCUGAGAACCAGUGCACACAUAUUUUAAGGAAACACUACUAUUACUAAUUUUUGAUUGCUGCCAAAAAUGUGUUCAGGCACGCUGAAGAUGCCAGUCUCUCUUUUAAAUAAUUCAUUGAAAGUGGCAUAUCCAGUGAACUAUAGUCUCCAUGCACUGUUUUUAUAUUUGUUUUCUCAAAUUUUGACUUUUAAUAUUAAAUUUUAAAUGCUUUAUUCAGAA